AUGGCUUUGCAAAAUGAUCCGCCCCCUGGAAUGACGCUCAAUGAGAAAAGUGUACAGAAUACCAUCACACAGUGAGUAUACAUCAGGGUGGAGCUUGCUGAGUUAUGUGGGUAUUUAUGUCUUUUUUUUUUUUAGCACAGAUCUAUAGCGUUUCUCAUUGUGAAGAACACACACACAGCAAGUACCUGAUCAGUACUCAGGGUCAUCAGUAUGGAUCUAUACCUCAUAGCUACACACAUCCUAGGUAAUCUACUCGGAGUUCAGAGCACUCUGGUUUGAGAGUGCCAGAGCGCAGAAUAAUUGAUUAAUUUACAAACGACCUAGCACCCAGUUCUUAUGACAGGUGUCAGUAAACAUCUGCUAAAAAAAACUAAUUAAAUUGUUGCCAGUUACACAGUUAGUCAUUAACCCUGAAGAUAACAUGAAAACAGCCUAACCAGCUCUGCUAGGGCGAGUAAAUGGUCAGUGAGUUGUUCUCUAAUUUGUCUGGAAGUAGCUAGCCAACGUUAGCCAGUUAGCAUGGGUUCUUCAAAUCAAUUUUAUUCCUAACAUGCUUCGUAAACAACCGGUGUAGACUAACUAACUCGUGUGAGGGUAAUGUAACACUGUAGUGUGAGGGUAAUGUAACACUGUAGUGUGAGGGUAGUGUAACAGUGUAGUGUGAGGGUAGUGUAACAGUGUAGUGUGAGGGUAGUGUAACAGUGUAGUGUGAGGGUAGUGUAACAGUGUAGUGUGAGGGUAGUGUAACAUUGUAGUGUGAGGGUAAUGUAACACUGUAGUGUGAGGGUAAUGUAACACUGUAGUGUGAGGGUAGUGUAACAGUGUAGUGUGAGGGUAGUGUAACAGUGUAGUGUGAGGGUAGUGUAACAGUGUAGUGUGAGGGUAGUGUAACAGUGUAGUGUGAGGGUAGUGUAACAUUGUAGUGUGAGGGUAGUAUAGUGUGAGGGUAGUGUAACAGUGUAGUGUGAGGGUAGUAUAGUGUGAGGGUAGUAUAGUGUGAGGGUAGUGUAACAGUGUAGUGUGAGGGUAGUAUAGUGUGAGGGUAGUAUAGUGUGAGGGUAGUAUAGUGUGAGGGUAUUGUAACAGUGUAGUGUGAGGGUAGUAUAGUGUGAGGGUAGUGUAACAGUGUAGUGCGAGGGUAGUAUAGUGUGAGGGUAGUGUAACAGUGUAGUGUGAGGGUAGUAUAGUGUGAGGGUAGUAUAGUGUGAGGGUAGUAUAACAGUAUAGUGCGAGGGUAGUGUAGUGUGAGGGUAGUAUAGUGUGAGGGUAGUAUAGUGUGAGGGUAGUGUAACAGUGUAGUGCGAGGGUAGUAUAGUGUGAGGGUAGUAUAACAGUGUAGUGUGAGGGUAGUGUAACAGUGUAGUGUGAGGGUAGUAUAGUGUGAGGGUAGUGUAACAGUGUAGUGUGAGGGUAGUAUAGUGUGAGGGUAGUAUAGUGUGAGGGUAGUGUAACAGUGUAGUGCGAGGGUAGUAUAGUGUGAGGGUAGUGUAACAGUGUAGUGUGAGGGUAAGUAUUGUAGCGUAAUAAAGGUGGCAGUACAGACUGCAGUUGGCCUUUAUAUUUGCCAAAUGUAAUGUUAUUGUUACUACAAAGGAGGAUACGAAGUCCAAAAAUAAGGCUUUUCAGUCAACCAGACUUCAUCACUUCUGGCUCACAGAACUGUUUUGGUUCUGUCCCCUGUGUUUCUGACCAAGUCGGAAGGUUCAUGAAACAAUGUCAAACUAAUUUUAGUCCAUUGAGUGCUAGUAUAGAAUUCUACAAUCUAGUAAAGACAGAGCGCUGAUUUGAACAGACUGUCACGUACGUAACGUUUUGGAGGAAAAGUUGUUAUUUUAGACGUGUUUCAGAAUGAUGCUGAGCAGAAUGAAUUUCAGCUGAAACGCUCUCUCCUCUGUCCUCUGGGGUGUGUUCACUUCAAACCAGUGGAGGCUGCUGAGGGGAGGACGGCUCAUAAUAAUGUCUGGAAUGGAGUCAAUGGAAUGGCAUCAAACAUGUGGUUUCCAUUGACUCCAUUCCAGAGCCAAUGGAAUGGCAUCAACCAUGUGGUUUCCAUUGACUCCAUUCCAGAGCCAAUGGAAUGGCAUCAAACAUGUGGUUUCCAUUGACUCCAUUCCAGAGCCAAUGGAAUGGCAUCAACCAUGUGGUUUCCAUUGACUCCAUUCCAGAGCCAAUGGAAUGGCAUCAAACAUGUGGUUUCCAUUGACUCCAUUCCAGAGCCAAUGGAAUGGCAUCAAACAUGUGGUUUCCAUUGACUCCAUUCCAGAGCCAAUGGAAUGGCAUCAACCAUGUGGUUUCCAUUGACUCCAUUCCAGACAUCAUUAUGAGCCGUCCUCCCCUCAGCAGCCUCCACUGCUACAAACCAAACGGAACCAAAUGGAACCAAACGGGGAGGGACUGAAUUUGACCAAUAGAAGCUCUCGUUUUUGUUGCAAAACCUUUUCCGUUGCCAAGUGCUUCGCAACUGUUUGCUAUGGUAUGUAGUCCGCUAAUGAACACAGCCCAGAUCUCUAUCGGUCAAUAAUGGCAUGAAUGAACUUUCCAGAACCUGUUGAACUAGGUCUUAUUUUUGGUAGGUCCUUGUUUCAGGGCGGUACGGCCCGGGGUGUUUAGUGUUGUUGGAGGUUCAGGAAUGCUAAGCAUGCCUGAAUAACUACUCUCUGGCUGUCUGUCUGCUGUAAUGGUUAUUCAGACAGACAGACAGACAGACACUCUGGUUUUGUUAGUGGCAUACUUUUGUUUUGUUCCAUAUGAUGUCCUUCCCAGUAACAGCCAUCCAUUCUUGUCUGCUACGUAACAUCGUCUUCUAACAUAAUCUUUCUCGAUGAGAAGCAGCACCAAAAGCAAAUCAACGCGGUCCAGAGUGAAUACAGAGAUACUGUAGCAUGUGUUGCUGUUUAGUAGCUGUUGUUUAUGGAACUGUGUGUGAGAGAGUAAGUACUCUGUGUCUCUGUCUCUAGUUGUUUCUCCUCGGGCCAAUGGAAACAAGGAAAAGCCCCUUGUGUGUGGGUAGGGGCAGGAUGACAUUUAUCCUACCCCCCUGUAUUCAACUAGUUUAUCCUACCCCCUGUAUUAAACUAGUUUAUCCUACCCCCAUGUAUUCAACUAGUUUAUCCUACUCCCUGUAUUAAACUAGUUUAUCCUACCCCCUGUAUUAAACUAGUUUAUCCUACCCCAUGUAUUCAACUAGUUUAUCCUACCCCCCUGUAUUAAACUAGUUUAUCCUACCCCCAUGUAUUCAACUAGUUUAUCCUACCCCCUGUAUUAAACUAGUUUAUCCUACCCCCAUGUAUUCAACUAGUUUAUCCUACCCCCGUAUUAAACUUGUUUAUCCUACCCCAUGUAUUAAACUAGUUUAUCCUACCCCCUGUAUUAAACUAGUUUAUCCUACCCCCAUGUAUUCAACUAGUUUAUCCUACCCCCCUGUAUUCAACUAGUUUAUCCUACCCCCUGUAUUCAACUAGUUUAUCCUACCCCCACUGUAUUCAACUAGUUUAUCCUACCCCCCUGUAUUCAACUAGUUUAUCCUACCCCCAUGUAUUCAACUAGUUUAUCCUACCCCCCUGUAUUCAACUAGUUUAUCCUACCCCCAUGUAUUCAACUAGUUUAUCCUACCCCCCAUGUAUUCAACUAGUUUAUCCUACCCCCCUGUAUUCAACUAGUUUAUCCUACCCCCCUGUAUCCAACAAGUUUAUCCUACCCCCAUGUAUUAAACUAGUUUAUCCUACCCCCCUGUAUUCAACUAGUUUAUCCUACCCCAUGUAUUCAACUAGUUUAUCCUACCCCCCUGUAUUCAACUAGUUUAUCCUACCCCCCUGUAUUCAACUAGUUUAUCCUACCCCCCGUAUUAAACUAGUUUAUCCUACCCCCCCCUGUAUUAAACUAGUUUAUCCUACCCCCCAUGUAUUUCAACUAGUUUAUCCUACCCCCAUGUAUUCAACUAGUUUAUCCUACCCCCAUGUAUUCAACUAGUUUAUCCUACCCCCCUGUAUUCAACUAGUUUAUCCUACCCCCCUGUAUUCAACUAGUUUAUCCUACCCCCUGUAUUCAACUAGUUUAUCCUACCCCCUGUAUUCAACUAGUUUAUCCUACCCCCAUGUAUCCAACUAGUUUAUCCUACCCCCCUGUAUUCAACUAGUUUAUCCUACCCCCAUGUAUUCAACUAGUUUAUCCUACCCCAUGUAUUCAACUAGUUUAUCCUACCCCACUCAAAAAAUAAUUAGAAUUGAGUUGUUAGUAGUAUAACGUUACAAUGCAAAUGUCAUGUGUAAAGUAGUUUUUAUGUCAUUUCUUAAAACUAAACCUACAUUGCACUGCACUGAUUUGUACCACCUUUUGCUUAGUUGUUUUGGUGGGCUGGCCCUCAUCUGCUCUGUAAGCAAAGUAUUCCCAUAGUUCGCUUCUGGAGGCAAUUUUGUCAACAAGAUGGAGGUAUGUUUUCGUUAGAAGUCUUUGCUGUUGGCAUUCUCUCUCUCGCUUGCUUCUCAAAAUUGGCUCGCUGUGUCAUCUGCAUGCGCGUGUAGCCUGUCUAACUCACUACUGCCCCCUUGAGAAGAUUCAGUCAAAUUACUAGACACACGCGAUGCUCUUAAUCCGUAUAUGACGUGAGACACGUUAGACAGAAGUACCGAAAGUAACAAGAAUUCUAGUACCGAACCGUUUUCCGUGUUCUAGUAUAGAAAAAGUACUGAAGUUUCGGUAUACCGUUCAACAAUAGUCCAACGGUUCCCCUUUCUAUAGCUGCCAUAUAGUUUCCGCACAAUUGGCCCAGCGUCGUCCAGGGUAGGGGAGGGAAUGGCCGGCAGGGAUGUAGCUCAGUUGAUAGAGCACGGGGGGCCAGUAUAAAAAAUAAAUAAUGUAUUCACUAACUGUAAGUCGCUCUGGAUAAGAGCGUCUGCUAAAUGACUAAAAUGUAAAAAAUGUAAAUGUAAAAUGUAAAAUGUAUUGAUGUAGCGUUACCAUAGCGAAUAACAAAGCUCCUGUGAACACAAAGCUUUGAUAAUAACUGAUAUAACAUUUGAAACGUCUUUAUCCUUUUGAAACCUUUGAGUGCCAUGUUUACUGUAUAUUUAAUGUUUUUAUUUUUAAAGAUUUUUGUUUCUUCUCACUUUUUUUUAUUGUUUAUUUCACUUGCUUUGGCAAUCUAAACAUAUACAAUGACCAAAAGUAUGUGGACACCUGCUCGUCGAACAUCUAAUUCCAAAAUCAUGGGCAUUAAUAUGGAGUUGGUCCCCCCCUUUGCUGCUAUAACAGCCUCCACUCUUCUGGGAAGGCUUUCCACUAGAUGUUGGAACAUUCCUGCGGGGACUUGCUUCCAUUCAGCCACAAGAGCAUUAGUGAGGUUGGGCACUGAUGUUGGGCGAUUAGGCCUGGCUCACAGUCGGCGUUCCUAUUCAUCCCAAAUGUGUUCGAUGGUGUAGAGCUCAGGGCUCUGUGCAGGCCAGUCAAGUUCUUCCACACCAAUCUUUUCAAACCAUUUCUGUAUGGACCUUGCUUUGUGCACAGGGGCAUUGUCAUGCUGAAAUAGGAAAGGGCCUUCCCCCAAACUGUUGCCACAAAGUUGGAAGCACAGAAUCAUCUAGAAUGUCAUUGUAUGCUGUAGCGUUAAGAUUUCCCUUCUCUGGAGCUAAGGGGCCUAGCCCGAACCACGGCUCCACAAGGGGCCAGGUCUGACACAACCCAAGUUUAAAAUGUCUGUGUGUGUGUGUUUGCUAAUCCUAGAUACGCUUCAUUAAAGCAGUGAGAGGACAGACAUGACCUUAUCCUCAGAGGUCAUCUGAACAAUCUCUCCCGCCCAGGACUGGUUGGGUCUCUGACUCCUCCUGUGGUACUAUGAUACCCAGACGACACCCCUCUCUCGCUCUCUCUGAUUGACCUAUGAUACCCAGACGACACCCCUCUCUCGCUCUCUCUGAUUGACCUAUGAUACCCAGACCACACUUCUCGGUCUUGUUUAUUUAUAUUAGAUAAUGCAGACAUACAGUUAUUUAUGUGUGUGUAUGUGUGUGUGUGUAUAUAUAUAUAUAUAUACACACACACACUACCAUUCAAAAGUUUGGGGUCACUUAGAAAUGUCCUUGUUUUCGAAAGAAAAGCAAUUUGUUUGUCCAUUAAAAUAACAUCAAAUUGAUCAGAAAUACAGUGUAGACAUUGUUAAUGUUGUAAAUGGCUAUUGUAGCUGGAAACGGCUGAUUUUCAAUGGAAUAUCUACAUAGGCGUACAGAGGCCCAUUAUCAGCAACCAUCAGUCCUGUGUUCCAAUGGCACGUUGUGUUUGCUAAUCCAAGUUUAUCAUUUUAAAAGGCUAAUUGAUCACUAGAAAACCCUUUUGCAAUUAUGUUAGCACAGCUGAAAACUUUUGUGCUGAUUAAAGAAGCAAUAGAACUGGCCUUCUUGAGACUAGUUGAGUAUCUGGAGCAUCAGCAAUUGUGGGUUCGAUUACAGGCUCAAAAUGGCCAGAAACAAAAAACGUUCUUCUGAAACUCGUCAGUCUAUUCUUGUUCUGAGAAAUGAAGGCUAUUCCAUGCGAGAAAUUGCCAAGAAACUGAAGAUCUCGUACAACGCUGUGUACUACUCCCUUCACAGAACAGCGCAAACCAGAAUAGAAAGAGGAGUGGGAGGCCCCGGUGCACAACUGAGCAAGAGGACAAAUACAUUAGUGUCUAGUUUGAGAAACAGGCGCCUCACAGGUCCUCAACUGGCAGCUUCAUUAAAUAGUACCCGCAAAACUCCAGUCUCAACAUUGAACCCACAAUUGCUGAUGCUCCAGAUACUCAACUAGUCUCAAGAAGGCCAGUUCUAUUGCUUCUUUAAUCAGCACAAAAGUUUUCAGCUGUGCUAACAUAAUUGCAAAAGGGUUUUCUAGUGAUCAAUUAGCCUUUUAAAAUGAUAAACUUGGAUUAGCAAACACAACGUGCCAUUGGAACACAGUACUGAUGGUUGCUGAAAAUGGGCCUCUGUACGCCUAUGUAGAUAUUCCAUUAAAAAUCAGCCGUUUCCAGCUACAAUAGCCAUUUACAACACUAACAAUUUCUACACUGUAUUUCUGAUCAAUUUAAUGUUAUUUUAAUGGACAAACAAAUUGCUUUUCUUUCGAAAACAAGGACAUUUCUAAGUGACCCCAAACUUUUGAACGGUAGUGUGUGUGUGUGGAUAUGUGUAUAUAUAUAUAUAUUUUAAUAUGAUAUCUUCUUUUUCAUCCAGAUGGAUUGUAGAUAUGGAAGGAGCCACAGGCACGCUCUAUGAAGGAGAGAAAUUUCAGCUGCUUUUCAAAUUCAGUAGUCGGUAUCCUUUCGAUUCACCUCAGGUAAGUAGUUAGCUAGCCUAGCGCUCCCUCAUUGAUGAAUAGUAAUGUUAUAUUACUGACUGUGGAAUCAGUUAGCUAGGACAGUCAAUGACACAAGAUCCAUUCAUGCUCUGUCAGUAGGCUGGCUGAGUGGGUUAGGGUUGGGCGGUAUCCAGAUUUUCAUACCGUUUCUUUAUCAUACCGGGGUAUACGGUAUUACCGAAUGUGCACACGAGCACUAUUUAAAAAAAUAAAUAAACGCACAAAACAAUUUGUGCAACAGGGAUCUUGAUCUAGCCUGGGUACCAGUGUCUUUAGGGUUAUACGAUAUCUACGUCCCUAAUGGCACCCUAUUCUCUAUGUAGUGCACUACUGUAACCUGGUUACCAGUCUCUUUAGCUAAUCCACUUCCUGUAGUCCAUGUCAUGUACCAAAGAGACUGGCCUUUCUACCAUCUUCAAAUAUGAACAUUAUAUAAUUAAUGAGCUCGAGGAGAGCAGAGGAUUUGAUCCUGAUUCGAUCACCCUCACAGCUAUCCUCCAAUCACAACGAUUAUGCAAAUAUUGGAACUCUUAUCACUUUUUUUUCUCUCUCCACAGAACAACCGUUUUUUGUUCGUCCAGACGAAACCAGUCUGUCAAAAGUUGCUAGCUCACUUCUAAAUUCUCAAACUAAAUACAUACUGCAAUUCCAACCACAAAACGUGCCUAGCUAACAGCUAAAUGUUUGUAUGACCUUCCUCGCUGUGGCCCCGUCGAUGUGGAUGGGGGGAAGGAACUGAGGACGGAUGUUAGCUAUAUUAUAAUAAUAUAUUCCAUUUAGCAGAUGCUUUUAUCCAAAGCAGCUUACAGUCAUGAGUGCAUACAUUUUUCGUAUGGGUUGCCCCGGUAAUCGAUCCCACAAUCCUGGCAUUACAAGCACCAUGCUCUACCUAUUUUAUUGCAUCAAGCAGGUAUAGUGUUUGUGAUUUCAUUUUUGACAUGUGUUUUUGAUACAGUGCAAAGGAACUUGAGAAUAACUUUCAUGAUGAGCAAUAUGCUUUACAUGGUUUCCCACCAUUUCUUCUAGAACUCACUCCCCCGGGUCAUACUAAAAUUACUUUAUUCUAGAACUCACUCCCCCGGGUCAUACUAAAAUUACUUUAUUCUAGAACUCACUCCCCCGGGUCAUACUAAAAUUACUUUAUUCUAGAACUCACUUCCCUGGGUCAUAUUCAUAUUAAUUUAUUCGAGAACUCACUCCCCUGGGUCAUAUUCAUAUUAUUUUCUUCUAGAACUCACUCUCCUGGGUCAUAUUCAUAUUAAUUUCUAUACAGAACUCACUCCCCUGGGUCAUAUUCAUUUCUUUAUAGAACUCACUCCACUGGGUCAUAUUUAUAUUAAUUUCUUCUACAACUCACCCCCCUGGGUCAUAUUCAUUUAUUCUAGAACUCACCCCCCUGGGUCAUAUUCAUUUAUUCUAGAACUCACUCCCCGUGGUCCUCUGUAGCUCAGCUGGUAGAGCACGGCGCUUGUAACGCCAAGGUAGUGGGUUCGAUCCCCGGGACCACCCAUACACAAAAAUGUAUGCACGCACGACUGUAAGUCGCUUUGGAUAAAAGCGUCUGCUAAAUGGCAUAUUAUUAUUAUUAUUCUUAUUAUUAUAUUCAUUUAUUCUAGAACUCACCCUCCUGGGUCAUAUUCAUUUAUUCUAGAACUCACUCCCCUGGGUCAUUCAUUUAUUCUAGAACUCACUCCCCUGGGUCAUUCAUUUAUUCUAGAACUCACUCCCCUGGGUCAUUCAUUUAUUCUAGAACUCACUCCCCUGGGUCAUUCAUUUAUUCUAGAACUCACUCCCCUGGGUCAUAUUCAUUUAUUCUAGAACUCACCCCCCUGGGUCAUAUUCAUUUAUUCUAGAACUCACUCCCCUGGGUCAUAUUCAUUUAUUCUAGAACUCACUCCCCUGGGUCAUAUUCAUUUAUUCUAGAACUCACUCCCCUGGGUCAUAUUCAUUUAUUCUAGAACUCACUCCCCUGGGUCAUAUUCAUUUAUUCUAGAACUCACCCCCCUGGGUCAUAUUCAUUUAUUCUAGAACUCACCCCCCUGGGUCAUAUUCAUUUAUUCUAGAACUCACUCCCCUGGGUUAUAUUCAUGUAUUCUAGAACUCACCCCCCUGGGUCAUAUUCAUGUAUUCUAGAACUCACUCCCCUGGGUUAUAUUCAUUUAUUCUAGAACUCACUCCCCUGGGUUAUAUUCAUUUAUUCUAGAACUCACUCCCCUGGGUCAUAUUCAUUUAUUCUAGAACUCACCCCCCUGGGUCAUAUUCAUUUAUUCUAGAACUCACUCCCCUGGGUUAUAUUCAUGUAUUCUAGAACUCACUCCCCUGGGUCAUAUUCAUUUAUUCUAGAACUCACUCCCCUGGGUUAUAUUCAUGUAUUCUAGAACUCACUCCCCUGGGUUAUAUUCAUGUAUUCUAGAACUCACCCCCCUGGGUCAUAUUCAUUUAUUCUAGAACUCACUCCCCUGGGUUAUAUUCAUGUAUUCUAGAACUCACUCCCCUGGGUUAUAUUCAUGUAUUCUAGAACUCACUCCCCUGGGUCAUAUUCAAUUAUUCUAGAACUCACCACCCUGGGUCAUAUUCAUGUAUUCUAGAACUCACUCCCCUGGGUUAUAUUCAUGUAUUCUAGAACUCACCCCCCUGGGUCAUAUUCAUUUAUUCUAGAACUCACUCCCCUGGGUCAUAUUCAUUUAUUCUAGAACUCACUCCCCUGGGUCAUAUUCAUUUAUUCUAGAACUCACUCCCCUGGGUCAUAUUCAUUUAUUCUAGAACUCACUCCCCUGGGUCAUAUUCAUUUAUUCUAGAACUCACCCCCCUGGGUCAUAUUCAUUUAUUCUAGAACUCACUCCCCUGGGUCAUAUUCAUUUAUUCUAGAACUCACCCCCCUGGGUCAUAUUCAUUUAUUCUAGAACUCACUCCCCUGGGUCAUAUUCAUUUAUUCUAGAACUCACUCCCCUGGGUUAUAUUCAUGUAUUCUAGAACUCACCCCCCUGGGUUAUAUUCUUUAAUGCACACCGUACAAAACCCUAGAAAAUGUUUUACAACUAAAACAGAGUUUCUCAUUAGACAAGUUUGGAUAGUCCCUCCCCAUUUCAGUUUGGAUAGUCCCUCCCCAUUUCAGUUUGGAUAGUCCCUCCCCAUUUCAGUUUGGAUAGUCCCUCCCCAUUUCAGUUUGGAUAGUCCCUCCCCAUUUCGGUUUGGUGUCUAGUGAAUACGACCCUGAUGUCUAACACCAUAAACACCACAUUCUGAUUGGAUAGGAUGGAUCAAAACCAAACUAUUCAACCUCUGCUGUCUAACACCAUAAACACCACAUUCUGAUUGGAUAGGAUGAAUCAAAACCGUACUAUUCAACCUCUGCUGUCUAACACCAUAAACACCACAUUCUGAUUGGAUAGGAUGAAUCAAAACCGUACUAUUCAACCUCUGCUGUCUAACACCAUAAACACCACAUUCUGAUUGGAUAGGAUGGAUCAAAACCAAACUAUUCAACCUCUGCCACCCUGCUUAGUGCUAAUGCCAUGAUACAAUCUGUGCCUGGAUGCCAACACAAUAUGAUUGACACAUUGGCUUGGUGGCUCAUAAUGGGAUCCUGACUGGCCUAGGACCAGUGGAGACAGAUCUCUCUCUCUCAUAUAUCAUGCUCUCUAUCGAUUUCUAUAUCUAUAUAUUCUCUCUAUAUAUAUAUAUUUUUUAUACUAUCUACUCUAUUAUGUAUAUAUAGUUAUAUAAUCUAUCUAUUCUGUCUAUAGUCUUAUAUAUCUUAUAUCAUAGUAGUCUACUCUAUGUAUACUAUCGCUUCUCGAUGUACUGUCUUGUAUAUAUAUUGUAUACUCUGUUCUAUAUAGAUAUAUCUAUAUCUCUAUGAUAUCUACUAUAUAGUCUCUAGAUACUAUCUAUCUAUCUCUAUCUCUUUUCUCUAGUCUAUAUCUCUCUAUACUUUCUAUCUCUCUCUCUCUAUCUACUUCUCUCUAUCUCUCUCUCUCUCUAUAUCGUCUUCUAUCUGUCUUUUAUCUCUUUUGUCUCUCUCUCUGUCUCUUUCUUUGUCUCUCUGGUCUAUUCUGCUCUAUUUCGUAUCUCUCGCUGUAACUGUCUCUCUAUAUCUUGUCUCUUUUCUCUCUUUUGUCUCUCUCUCUUCUCAUCUCUAUCUAUAUCUCUCUCUCUUCUCUUAUCUCUGUCUCUUUCUAUGGUCUCUCUCUGUCUAUACUUGUCUCUCUCUCUGUCUCUCUCUCUGUCUCUUCUCUGUCUCUCUAUCUGUUCUGUCUCUGCUCUCUCUCUCUCUCUCUUCUCUCUUCUCUCUAUCUCUAGCUCUCUCUAUCUAAGCUAUCUCUCUGUCUCUAUCUGUCUCUCUUUGUCUCUCUCUCUCGUCUCUCUUCUCUAUCUCUCUCUCUCUCUCUCUCUCUCUCUCUCUCUCUCUCUCUCUCUCUCGCUCUACGCCAGUGUAUUUAAAGCCCAGGGCCACGUUUGAGAGGAUUAGCUUAACGUGACAAUCUUAUUUUACAUAUCAGCAGCCCUGCCUAUAAAUAGAGGUUGGUUGGUACAGAGAGAAUAUUAGAUAAACAGUCAGGCUACUACUACCAUAUCAUACCCCAGCACAGCACCACAGAUAACUACCACCUCAUACCCCAACAACCACACCCACAAGAUAAACUACACCUCAUACCCCAGCACAGCACCACACCACAGAUAACUACCACCUCAUACCCCAGACACACACAGAUAACCCACUCAUACCCAGCACCACCACAGAUAACUACCACCUCAUACCCCAGCACCACACCACAGAUAACCACCACCUCAUACCCCAGCACCGCACCACAGAUAACUACCACCUCAUACCCCAGCACCACACCACAGAUAACCACCACCUCAUACCCCAGCAACACAACACAGAUAACUACCAACUCAUACCCAGCACCCACCACAGAUAACCACACUCAUACCCCAGCACACACACAGUAACCACCACCAUCAUACCCCCAGCAACACACACCACAGAUAACACCACCUCAUACCCCAGCACCAGACCACAGAUAACUACCACCUCAUACCCCAGCACAGCACCACAGAUAACUACCACCUCAUACCCCAGCACAGCACCACAGAUAACUACCACCUCAUACCCCAGCACCACACCACAGAUAACUACCACCUCAUACCCCAGCACCACACCACAGAUAACCACCACCUCAUACCCAGCACAGCACCACAGAUAACCAACCUCAUACCCCAGCACCAGCACACAGAUAACUACCACCUCAUACCCCAGCACACACACACAGAUAACACCACCUAUACCCCAGCACAGCACCACAGAUAACUACCACCUCAUACCCCAGCACCACACCACAGAUAACUACCACCUCAUACCCCAGCACAGCCACACACCACAGAUAACUACCACCUCAUACCCCAGCACAGCACACCACAGAUAACUACCACCUCAUACCCAGCACCAACCACAGAUAACUACCACCUCAUACCCCAGCACCAGCACCACACGAUAACUACCACCUAUACCCCAGCACAGCACACACCACAGAUAACUACACCUCAUACCCCAGCACAGCACCACAGAUAAUACCACCUCAUACCCCAGCACCACACCAUACACCCACAGAUAUAACUACCAACCAUAUACCCCCAAACCCCAGCACCACACCACAGAUAACCACCACCUCAUACCCCAGCACCACACCACAGAUAACCACCACCUCAUACCCAGCAGCACCACAGAAAUAACCACCUCAUACCCAGCACACACCACCACAGAUAACUACCACCUCAUACCCCAGCACAGCACACCAAGAUAACACCACCUCAUACCCCAGCACAACAAACACACAAGAAAACUACCACUCAUACCCCAGCACCAACACCCACAGAUAACUACCACCUCAUACCCCAGCACCACACCACAGAUAACUACCACCUCAUACCACAGAUAACUACCACCUCAUACCACAGCACCACACCACACCACAGAUAACUACCACCUCAUACCCCAGCACAGCACCAUACCACAGAUAACUACCACCUCAUACCCCAGCACAGCACCACAGAUAACUACCACCUCAUACCCCAGCACCAGCACCACAGAUAACACCACCUCAUACCCAGCACAGCAACACCAAGUAAACUACCACCUCAUACCCCAGCACACACCACAGAUAACUACCACCUCAUACCCCAGCACCACACUACAGAUAACUACCACCUCAUACCCCAGCACAGCACCACAGAUAACUACCACCUCAAUACCCAGCACAGCACCACAGAUAAACUACCACCUCAUACCCCAGCACACACACAGAUAACUACCACCUCAUACCCCAGCACAGCACACACAGAAACUACCACCUCAUACCCCAGCACAGCACCACAGAUAACUACCACCUCAUACCCCAGCACCACACACCACAGAUAACUACCACCUCAUACCCCAGCACAGCAAUACACCACAGAUAACUACCACCUCAUACCCCAGCACCAUACCACAGAUAACUACCACCUCAUACCCCAGCACAGCACCACAGAUAACUACCACCUCAUACCCCAGCACAGCAACACACCACAGAUAACUACCACCUCAUACCCCAGCACAGCAACCACAGAUAACUACCACCUCAUACCCCAGCACACAAGAUAACACACCUAUCCCAGCACACACCACAGAUAACUACCACCUCAUACCCCAGCACCAGCACAACACAGAUAACUACCACCUCAUACCCAGCACAGCAACAACCACACACAAUACUACACCUCAUACCCCAGCACCACAGAUACAUACCACCUCAUACCCCAGCACAGCACCAGUAACUACACUCAUACCCGCACGCCCACAGAUAACUACCACCUCAUACCCCAGCACCAACACAGAUAACCACCACCUCAUACCCCAGCACAGCUACCACAUGAUAACACCACCUAAUACCCCAACAAGCACAACAAUACACUUACAGAAACAUAAACCACCUCAUACCCCAGCACAGCACACAGAUAAUACCACUCAUACCCAGCACAACACCACACAUAGAUAACCCACCACCUCCACCCAGCAACCCCCUCUCCCACCUCUCUCUCCCCCUCCCUCCGUCUCUCGCUCCCCAUCAUGUGAGGCCCCCUCUCCUAAUCCCCCAGCCUCAUGUUCCUGUAUAGAGAUAAGCCCGGGCUUAUAUAGCAAGUCUCAUUAUUUUCUGCUAUUAAUGCGAAAAUCUAAAUUCAUUCCGGCCGACUCUUCUGAUUCAGCGCUCUACCCCCCCCCCCCCCCCCACCCCCCCCCACCACCACCACCACCAUUACACCUCCCAUGUAAAAAGCAUGAUUUUUUUAUUUUUUUUUAACCAAAUUGGGGUCAAAACUUAACAGGCCGUUGUUCACAUAUAUUAAUUAGUAGAUGGAUCUCUCUUAAGCGAUGAACAUUGAUGUGUCUAAUCAUAUUUUUUGUUGUUUUUCCAUUUCAGGUCAUGUUCACGGGAGAGAAUAUACCUGUCCAUCCUCACGUUUAUAGCAACGGUCACAUCUGUCUUUCCAUACUAACUGAAGACUGGUCGCCAGCCCUCUCAGUGCAAUCAGUCUGUCUCAGCAUUAUCAGCAUGCUGUCCAGCUGCAAAGAAAAG